UCAUGAUAAAUACUAUAUUAAAAUAAAAUUUAAAAUAAUAAUAUUAAUUAAACUAAUGAUUUAUCCUAAAAUCAUGGAAAAUAUGACAACUAAGCAAAUUCACCUCUCAAAUAAUAGUAUAGAUACACAAUAUAAACGCCUUAAGAUCCAGCAAUUACGCAAUAAGGUAAAGAGUAACUCUUCACUGAUUUUUUGAGAAUUUUUACAAUUAGAUAUUUUUGAUCUGAAUUUUUUUUGGAGAAAAUAACCUGUUAAUGCUUUUACAAAUUAUAAAAGUUAUUAUAUCGAUAAUUUCAUCGCAGAUAUUUUAUUGUUAUUUAAAUGUAUGAUUUCAUUUGUGUAAUGUUAAAGUUCCUAUAAACUUAUUUUAUUAAUUUUUUGUAAAUAAUAAUAAUAAAAUUUUGGGAUUUAUACUCAAUCGAAAUUGCGGAAGUUCCCUUGGUCCAGUGGUUUGACUAAGGGUUUAUUAAUGCUUCUACACCAGGAGGUUUGAGUUUCGAUUCCUGGAGAAGGCCAAAUUAUGCGAAUAAAUGGAGAAAAGGCUUACAAGAGAUCUGCAGCAUGGCGCAAGGAGUACCUUCAAGCGUGGAUCCGAUAAAGCGGCUCAGGUGAUGCAGUUAGACGUGAAUCCUAAUAAGGCAGGUAGAAUUGUCGACUGUAGAAUCGUCUGUAAUAUUUCUCAUAGUUUGUGAUAGCAUAAUUAUCCAGCGUUAAAAAAAAAUAAACUCAAUCGAAAUAGAAGAUCUGAACCGGAACCGAACCGAGAUAUUUAAAACUGAAAUCAGACCAAAACCCUCAAAUAUCUGAAUGGUUCAUAUAUUUCUAUAUAUGAAAUAACCAAACCGAACAGAAAACCAAAUGGAUACCCAAAAUAUAUAAAAAUAUUAAUUAUAUAUACAUAUAACAUAACUAAAUAUAUAUUUAUAUUUAAAAAUCUAUUAAAAGUAUCUGAAAAUAUUUGAAAAAACUAAAUGAUUGUAAAGUUCCAAACUAUUCGAAAGCAUCCGAAUAUUUUUAUCCAAUUAUCUAAAAUAAUUCAAAAUAUCUGAAAUUUUUAUUUAAUUAUUUGAUAUUUUACCCAAAAUAUCUAAUAUUUAAUCCGAACUACCCGAAGUAACUGAACCGGAACCAUAACCAAAUGUGAACUGUAACAAAAUGAGAACCAAAUUUUUUUCGAUAUUUUAUGAUUCCUAGGUGGCUAGGUUUACUAUCUGAACCGAAAUAAGCCCGUAAAUAUUCGAACCGAAAAAUAGGUAAUAUAGUAAAUGGAUCUUUAAUUCUUUAUCCGAACUACUCCAUAUCCGAAAUUGCCUAAAUGCCUAGAUUUUUUUUAAAAAAAUAUUAAUAAACUCUUGAUGGGAGUUCCAUUCUUAAAAAAAAAUGGUAAGAGUACCAUUAACGCUGAGGGUUUGUUAAUUUUUUUUUCUUUUUUUGUUUGAAAAAAAAGAAAAGAAAUUAUAAACCAAUCAAUCACGGACCGCCACGUAUCGGUGAGAUCCGUAAACAAUGCAAAACCCCCCCCCCCCCCCCCCCCCCCCCCCCACAAAGAUCGAUCUUUAGUUUGAUAUGUUUUGUGAUCGGUUUUUGCAAAAUUAACGGGCUCCACCAUUAACAAAUCCUCUUAAAGUGUCCCGUUAAUUAUGCUCUAAGAGUGCCAUAAUUUGAUUCUCGAUGUGAUAACUUGUCUACUGCAGUUUUGCAGCGACCAAGACUCCAGAAGACAUAAAGGUUGACCGAAAAAAAGACUCGAGAAGACUCUGGGGCAGGCUAUCGAGUACUUUUAAGUUUUAACAUAUUAAAUGGGCCGUAAUCGUGGCCCACUUUACACCAUUCGAUCAGUGAUCCAUCUCCAGUUAAAUACUCCCAAACCCUCGUACCUAAUCAUCUCAAAAUCUUGCGACCAGAGGUUUCUUGAAAGGGUUUAGUGAUCGCAGAAGAAUGGCCUUCAUCUUUCCACGCUCGACCACCAAACAAAGACAAGAAGCUGUUUAUUAAAUUUCUUGUUUCUGGAGAUGAGUUCCUCUGAAACAUCUCACCUAGCCACCGCCAAAACAGCUCUCACGGCGGUCGCAUCGGUGGCAGCAGCCGCAAUGCUAGCUCGAACAGUGAUCCAAGACUACAUGCCAGCCGAGGUGCAUGACUUCAUCUCUUGUGGUAUCCGCAAAUGCUUCAGCCACUUCGGUUUUCAAAUGACAGUUGUGAUUGAAGAGUUUGGAGGCUUUGAAAACAACCAAAUGUUUGAAGCCGCAGAGGCUUACCUAGCCUCCAAGAUAUCUCCAUCCACUAGAAGAAUCAAAGUCAACAAACUUGAGAAACAGAGAAACUUCAGCGUGACGGUCGAACGCGACGAGGAAGUUGUGGAUACUUUCGACGGCGUGAAGCUGAGCUGGGUCCUCGUGUGCCUUCCCGUGAAGAAGAAGGAUUUUCGUAACCCUCGAGACCUGAACUCUACUUUGAAGUCAGAGGUGCGUUCUUACGAGCUCAGGUUCAACAAGAAGUUCAAGAAGAUGGUUCUUGAAUCUUACUUACCGUUUGUGGUGGAACAAGCUGCUCUGAUGAAGCAAAAGACUAAAACGCUUAAGAUCUUUACACUUGGUUCGUAUUCCGAGUGGACCUCUGUGACUCUCGACCAUCCUUCCACGUUUCAGACACUUGCCAUGGAUCCGGAAGAAAAGAAGAACGUGGUAGAGGAUCUUGAUUGUUUUGUGCAGCGUAAAAGCUUUUACGGGAGAGUAGGGAAAGCUUGGAAGAGAGGGUACUUGUUGUAUGGUCCACCCGGUACAGGAAAGUCAAGCUUGAUCGCAGCCAUAGCUAAUCAUCUUAACUUUGAUAUCUAUGACUUGGACUUGGCAUCGGUUAAGAGUAAUGCUGAGCUGCGUAUGUUACUGAUGUCUACUGCAAACCGUUCGGUUUUGGUUGUAGAAGAUAUUGAUUGUUCCAUCGAGUUUAAGGACCGGAGUGCUGAUGAGCAUAGUGAUCUUCUGGAUAAACCGGUCACACUGUCUGGUCUAUUGAAUUUUGUUGACGGACUAUGGUCAAGUUGUGGUAACGAGCGGAUCAUAGUGUUCACGACUAACUACAGAGAAAGAUUGGAUCCGGCAUUGUUGAGGCCAGGACGUAUGGACGUGCACAUUCACAUGUCUUAUUGCACACCAGCUGGUUUUAAGGUUUUGGCUUCAAACUAUCUUGAGGUUGAAGAUCAUGUACUUUUCGAGGAGAUUGAGGAACUUAUCCGGGAAAUAAAAGUUACACCAGCAGAGAUAGCUGAACAGUUGAUGAGGAAUGACUCUGUGGAUCAAAUACUCCAUGGAUUGAUCGUGUUCUUAAGAGCAAAGAAAUUUGAAAAUGAUGAAAGGUAGGCCAAAAGAUAAUAGUUACAUAGCUUAGAAGAAAACUCUCUCUUCAUCUCAGAGAUAUGUCAAUUAUCAUUUUAUUUUUCACUUAUUUAAAAAUGAUGAAUAAUCGUCCUAUUCUUUGUUGUUUUGUUGAAUACUAUCAGGCUACCUAUUGAUAGAAUGUUACUAAAAAUCCUUUUCGUUUUCA